AGUGGAUAGGAAUAUUCCAAUAAGUGGGAAAGGCAGUCCUCGCGUCGAGUGAGGCCAAAAAGUUGCCAACUCCCCCUCUCCGCUCUUCUUCUUCUCCACCUCCUUCAUUCAGCCUAAUAUUUUUUAUAUUUAAUUUCGAUGAUAUAUUAGCAAGCUGCAGUCCAGACACAUAGCGACUUCAUUUUGCUCCAACAAUUCAAUACAGACACACAGGAGCAUCGAAUUGCGGGUUGUGCUGUGAAUUGCAAUAAAUAAUAACAUGUCUCAUCAUGUUUCUGCUGUCAUCACAAACAAUACCUAUACUAAUAAUCUCAAUCAUCUACUUGACAAAUUUCCCCUUUCAUUUUCUGCUACCCUCUCCACCACACUUAAACAACAACAACAACAACAACAUCCUCUUUCAAGAUCAACCAAGUUUACGCGAACACGCCCCCGCUCCCACCCCCUUCUCAAGGUGUCUUGUGUCGACUAUCCCAGACCAGAUAUUGACAACACUCUCCCCUUCUUAGAAGCUGCUUACUUAUCUUCCUUCUUUUCCACUGCUUCCCGCCCCAAUAAACCAUUAAAUGUUGUCAUUGCUGGUGCUGGUUUGGCUGGUUUAUCUACUGCAAAAUAUUUGGCAGAUGCUGGUCACAAGCCCAUAUUGUUGGAAGCGAGAGAUGUUCUUGGCGGAAAGGUGGCUGCUUGGAAAGAUGAUGACGGAGAUUGGUACGAGACUGGAUUGCAUAUUUUCUUUGGGGCUUACCCAAAUGUUCAGAACCUGUUUGGAGAGCUAGGAAUUAACGACAGAUUGCAGUGGAAGGAGCAUUCUAUGAUAUUCGCUAUGCCUAACAAGCCAGGGGAAUUUAGUCGAUUUGAUUUUCCGGAAGUUCUACCUGCACCUCUAAAUGGAAUAUGGGCUAUCUUAAAGAACAAUGAAAUGCUAACAUGGCCUGAGAAAGUCAAGUUUGCGUUGGGUCUCUUGCCAGCAAUAAUUGGUGGACAAGCCUAUGUGGAGGCCCAAGAUGGUUUAAGUGUCCAAGAUUGGAUGAGAAAGCAGGGCAUACCUGAUCGGGUUACAACUGAGGUUUUCGUUGCCAUGUCAAAGUCGUUAAACUUCAUCAAUCCUGAUGAACUCUCAAUGCAAUGUGUUUUGAUAGCUUUGAACCGAUUUCUUCAGGAGAAGCAUGGUUCAAAGAUGGCUUUCUUGGAUGGAAGUCCUCCAGAAAGACUUUGCAUGCCUAUAGUUGAUCACAUACAGUCAUUGGGUGGUGAAGUUCACCUCAAUUCACGGGUACAGAAGAUCUCUUUAAAUAAAGAUCAAACUGUUAAGAGUCUACUACUAACCAAUGGGAAGGUUAUUGAAGCAGACGCAUAUGUUAUUGCUGCUCCAGUUGAUAUCUUUAAGUUGCUUGUGCCUGAAGAGUGGAAAGAGAUUCCAUACUUCAAGAAGCUGGAUAAAUUAGUCGGAGUUCCAGUAAUCAACGUUCACAUCUGGUUUGACAGGAAACUGAAGAACACUUAUGAUCAUCUACUUUUCAGCAGAAGCUCUCUUCUUAGUGUGUACGCUGACAUGUCUGUUACUUGCAAGGAAUAUUAUGACCCAAAUAAAUCCAUGUUGGAGUUGGUUUUUGCACCUGCAGAAGAAUGGAUUUCACGCAGUGACUCUGACAUUAUUGAUGCAACAAUGACUGAACUGGCCAGACUAUUUCCUGACGAGAUUGCUGCCGAUCAAAGCAAAGCAAAAAUACUGAAGUACCAUGUUGUUAAAACACCAAGGUCUGUUUAUAAAACUAUACCAGACUGUGAACCCUGCCGUCCUUUGCAAAAAUCUCCCAUAGAAGGAUUUUAUUUAGCUGGUGAUUACACAAAACAGAGGUAUUUGGCCUCAAUGGAGGGUGCCGUCCUUUCAGGGAAGCUUUGUGCUCAAGCUAUAUUACAGGAUCACGAGUCACUGCUUUCCCGCAGGAAGCAGGUGCUGGCUGAGGCAACUGCUGUCUAACUAGAGCAAUAAAAGGUGAUAUGAGCUCUCAACAAUCAGUAACAUGUUGAACUGAGUCCAAGUGAUUUCAUCAAUUUGCACCAAAUAUAUAUCGAAGUAGUAAGAGGAAGAAAAAGUUCAGCAUAAUUGAAAGGAAGAAACAUGUUUUUUUUUGUAUGUGAUAUUUUAUCAAAGCGUUUGCUAGUUAAUACCAAAGUUAAACACAGAAAAAUAGUCUUUGUUGC